AUGAAUGUGUUGCCACCAAAUCAUUCAUCAUUUUUUUCUCCUGUGUUCCACUCUACCACAGGAUGAAUUCCAUCCUUUCAUCGAAGCACUGCUGCCCCACGUGCGAGCGUUUGCCUACACAUGGUUCAACUUGCAGGCCCGCAAGAGAAAGUACUUCAAGAAGCACGAGAAGCGCAUGUCUAAGGAAGAGGAGCGUGCAGUGAAGGAUGAGCUGCUCAGCGAGAAGCCCGAGGUCAAGCAGAAGUGGGCAUCGCGCCUCCUGGCCAAGCUCCGCAAGGACAUCCGGCCUGAGUUCCGGGAGGAUUUUGUGCUCACCGUCACCGGGAAGAAGCCCCCGUGCUGCGUGCUGUCCAAUCCCGACCAGAAGGGCAAGAUGAGGAGAAUUGACUGCCUGCGCCAGGCAGACAAAGUCUGGAGGUUGGACCUGGUCAUGGUGAUUUUAUUCAAAGGUAUUCCUCUCGAAAGUACUGAUGGCGAAAGGCUGGUAAAGUCCCCACAGUGCUCGAACCCAGGGCUGUGUGUGCAGCCCCAUCACAUUGGAGUUUCAGUAAAGGAGCUCGACCUCUACUUGGCCUAUUUUGUGCAUGCAGGUAAGUCCCUCUUUUGUUUCUCAACUCUCUAUAAACAAGUCAACAUUUGUUCGAAAUUGGAGUUGCAUAAAUGUUGAAUGUGGGAUAAUGUUGUACAGUUAAUCCAAAACAAAAAUACAUGGAUGGGGUUCAAGGGUCAAAUCAAUUUUAUCACUGAGCGCAGGCCAAUGUACUGUACAUAGUUGGCAUCAAGAAUCACUCUUUCAACGAACAAUCACAGGCCAUUCACCAAGUAAGCACCCAACCAAAAUAAAGUUCAAUUUCUUUUUUUAGGACUUCAAUUCACCUUGCUCUCAGCAAACCCAACACUGCACCGCACAGCACCGUCCCUUCUCUGUAUGCAGACACAAAUGUUAUCUGUAGCAGACACCCAUAAUUUCAUCAGUGGUCUAUAAAGUAGUAGUCUGGGAAAAGCGGGACAACUCUGCCAAAUUCCUCGCACUGGCCCGUCCCUUCUCUGUUUAAGAUGGGCCAGAUUUUGGGGAAGCUGGCACUGCGAGACGACCGAGUCAGUUGCCUAAAAAAAAUCAAUUAUCUCCAUCACGAUUGCUCAGCACGUUUUCUAUUUCAGACUAAUUCAACAUGGGCUGCUGUUGGGUGGAGAUAUCAGUUGAAUUAUUUUCCUGUUUUUUUGUGCGCAACAGAGAGUAGCAUCAUAUUCAUAUAGGUGUUUGGCAGUUGUAUGAAAAACUUGGCAUGGAGCUAUUUUAAGUUUUUAGAGAUUCUGAACUUCUUGGAAAUUAGGAAACAGUCUUAUAAAUACACAAGAAAAUUUACAAUUUGGUAAAUAUAAAAACCUCAACAUGGUAUCAAAUUUACGGCUGUAUGUUUUUAUAUCUCUCCUGUAAAUAAUUAAUGUAUUCGAAGGCUUUGAUUAAAAAGUGGAAAAUACAUAAUAAUUAACUAAUGACUUGGACAUGGUUUCAUGUUUUCCCCCCUGAGCUAAAUCCUAAUCUAGAAGACCACAUUUUACAAUUUAACAAAAUAUAUUACAGUAUAUUUCAUAGUAUAUUACAGUAUAUUUCAAUAUAUUUCAUGUCAUCUACCCAGUCUACGGCUUUUCCACAGUGUGGAAAAUCUUGUGUACGUUUUCACCAUAAUAUUAGUUGUGCUUGUUUGAUGAAAACUCACCCCGAGAGUGAAGUCCAGUGCAAAUAACCGAUAGAGAAAUUGUUAAUUGGCAAGAGGCAGCAGGAGCUCGUUCGUCCACUGACAGCAACACAAACACCAGCCUUCACUUGCAAGGUUUGGAGAGUGCUCUGUUUCACCAGGCAAACCGAGCACCUUAAUUACAAUAAUUUCCUCUGUCCAACCCUAAGUGAGCUAGGCAUAAUGUAUGCCCACAUUUACAUUCUUAUAGCAACAUAUGUUGUUUACCUUUUCCAUAGCUUUUGUAAAUUUUUAGUCGAUUUUUGCGUUAACAGCACCGCAAUUGAAGUUUAAAAUGUUGAGGGAUGUUAUGUAGUGAUUUUAGCCAAUCGGAAUAAAUACAAUUAUGAUUAAAAUGAGCCUAUAGGGUUGGUUACCUUGAGAGCUGUGCAGUACUACGAUUUAGUCUGGCUGGAAUGGGAGUUCAUUUUAACUUGGGCCAGUCACAAAAGUUUCGGCCUUUGGAGGGUUUUUGUCAAAAUAAGGCAUGAUGGGCCUCAUUAUGAAUUCCACAAACCGCUUAGUCAACGAUGUUAUAAUUGGACAGAAAGAAAUCCCUGAUUAGCAAUAUGCAAGUACAUAAAAAACAAAACUACUUUUAGACGAAACACUGACACUCAUUUCAAUUUUUGGGGGGACAGUAUACUUACUAUAUGCUAGUCUCAAAUAAAAGUUGCUGCAGCCAAUUAUGGCUAAAAUGUUAUCCCCACGCUGCCAAAUCCUGAGUUUUGAUGUUUUGUAAGCCUAUUCAUGGGCGCUUUGCUCCCGCCAGCAUUCUUAAAGCUGAAGUUAGAUUUUUUUUCUUUACUGGGCUUGAUUGUGAAUGAGGUGUCAGCGAGCGAACAAGAGGGAGAAGAAAGAGACAGAGUGCCCACAGAGCAUGGAGGUCUGCCUAUAGUCGAGUUAAGUCUGCAAUGUGCUCUCUCCCUCUCUCUUGCUCCUUCGUCGCCUCGUCCCACAGGAUCAGGUUUCUUCCUCUGUCUCAUUUAAAGCAGUGGAGCAUUUCUAGAGCGCCGUUGAUUAAAAGCCAUCUGAAGAGAGGCUGACCUCAUGCACGGAUGCCGAAGUUGAGGUUUUUGAGGACAGCUGAAGUCAGUAAUUAAAUCUAUCCCCCACUGCUGCAAGGGCAAAGGGUGGUAGAAGGGGACUUGUCCCCCCGUGCUAACACUAUCCAGCCACCAACCCAUUUAACAGCAAACAUAGUAGAGCACUUUUAUUAUCAGGGUGUCACAAUUCUCAAAAACAACUCUUGUGAAAUUUGUAGCCGACUGUGUGUACUUGCAAAGUUUACAACUUAAUUAGCAUUUUAUUAUCUAUCUUUAGGCUUACUGGUUGGUGAAUUAUUUUGCAAUCUGGUAUAUUCUUGGGAGAGUUUUGUGAUGUAGUGCCACAUGCCUAACCCUACUUAGUUGUGAUAUUGUGUGGGGAUGGGCUGGGAUAUCAGUCUUUAACCAGGGCUUUCCCAGCGUUGUUCAACAGUCACAAGCUAGCAUCGUUUGUCAUCUUUAGGAACAAUGUGGUGUAAGAGGGCGGGCCCCCCUUUGACUCCAGAGCAGGCAGCGUGGCCAGGGCUAAUUUAG